UUGAAAAGUCCUUUAAAUAGUUCGCAUCAAAGUUUAUAAAAAGAAAUGAUAUAAUUAGUAUUUGUACAACAACAAUAAUACAUUUGUUAAAGUACCCCCCACCGAUAAAAUGGUUAAAAAAAUAAAAGUUCAAAAAUCAAAGAGACACGGAGUCUUAAAAGGGGCAGAGGAAGGUAAGUAAUUAUCCUUGUCAGGUACCAUAAUUACUGCUUCUGCCACCCACCUUCCUCUUUCUUCCCUAUACUCUCUCUACUAAUCCCUCUCUCUCUCUCUCUCUCUCUUUCUCCUUUUCUCUGCAUUGUUUUUCUCACUCGCCGCUUCUUCUUCUUCUUCUUCUUUUGUUCAUUUCUUUCGUCACUGCAUGUUUUUCUCUUCACUCUAACCUUUUCUCUCUGGAAUUUAUACCGGAGAAGACAAUGGCUGCUCCUCCAGGCGGUGGCGGAGGAGAAGGAGCUGGUGGAGCAGGUUCGGCUCUUACUUCGUCGUCUCUACCGCCGCCUCGUCCGAAGUCUCCUCCGGAGUAUCCAGAUUUGUACGGGAAACGCAGGGAGGCGGCGAGAGUUCAGAUGCUAGAGAGAGAGAUUGGUUUUCUCGAGGCAAGCGUACAACCGGCUUCUAGAUGCUGCAAAGAGGUCUCUGAUUUUGUCUUAGCAAAUUCUGACCCUUUGAUCCCUGCACAACGAAAGAGUAGAAGAUCCUGCCGGUUCUGGAAGUGGCUCUGUAGCGGUAUUCCGUGUGUGAGCCUGGCGAGUUUCUGCUGUUGUUGCCAAUCCGAUGCUGCAACUGCAGCUGCAUUGGCUCCAAAUGCUGUGACGGGUCUUGCUGCUCAAAUAGCUGUUGUUGCCCAAGACCGAGCUGCCCGAGCUGUCCGAGCUGCCCAAGCUGUUCAUGCUUCCGAGGUUGCUGUUGUUCUUGUCCGGACUUAUCUUGCUGCAUUCCCACCUGUUUCCGCAGUUGCACUCGACCAUCUUGUCUGUGUAAGAAGAAGAGCUCAUGCUGCAGCUGCAACUGCAAGAUCAGAUGGUCAUCUUGUUUUAAAUGUCCCAAGGUACGACUUUGUUGUUGUUUUUGCAAUUGUAAAAAUAUGUGCUCUAAUCCUUGUUGUUUAG